UAAAGUGAUUGUAACCGUUUCUGCCCUGAUUGCCGCGCGCGAUUGAAUCACUUGACUCCUCCGCGAAUCAGAGUCGUCAUGAUCUUGUGUUGGCUGUUGACGCGGACAGUCCAUGCACCGAUGCGCAGGACCCAAGUUUUCUGAUGAACUGUAAGUUUUGAAGGAGCAAGCUGCAAAACGACUGGAAAUGCUCACUUCAAGUGCCUCGGAGCCACUUACGCACUUAUCUAGAUUAUAUGAUGGAGCGGUCCUAUUCAACAAUCAAGUUCAUUCCCCACUGACCUUCUAUCUACCUAUUUUCAAAUUCUUACCGAUGUUCUGCAAUAACUCUCAACUUCGUCCGCAAAGAAACGGAACGCGUACGGGAGCAACCGAUUAUAUAUCAAGAGUCGGCCUUUCACCUCACAGCAGAUCUAUUAGGGUUCUGUCUCGGACGCACGUUCGUUCCGAAAUGCGCUGGUCAUAUUUUGGAUCUGCUGUGUUUUAGGCGUUGGGGAUCGAUAUGCCAGGGUCGCCUGCAGGCGGAAUGUUCCAUAUUUCUCUAAUGCUGUGUGACAGCAAACACCCUCCACCGUACUCUUCAUCCACCUUCAAUGUCUGACGGCAGGUCUCGUGGUAUUAAAAACGUGUUGAAACGCGGAGACAGGCGUCUGCGGUGGCUUGUGUUGUCCCUCAUAGUCAGCCUUGGGCUCUUUUUCGGUCUGUUUUUUGGGUUGGACUAUUCGGAAAUACUACGCCGUGGUUGGCCUCUCGCAAAAUGCACUGUUACCUCGUCAGAUGUACAAUCCCGAUACUGUUGCUACAGGCAGUGUUUCUCCUCCUGCAGCAUCCCGGCACUGGGAGUACCCUCGUGUAGCUCGCUCGUUAAUCAGCUCAACGGAGGAUACAAUCCGACCGAUUGUCAGAGGAAUAGUUCGGCAUGUCCUGAGAAUCGUAGUGGAGGGUUAACUUGCGAUGACGGAUAUUACUGUUGUCAGAACUGUUGCAAUACCUGUCAGAGGUGCAGUCAAUCGUGUACCGGCUCGGGAAGUUCUCGUUCGUGUUCUUCAUCGUGCACAUCGUAUCAAUGUAACUGCUAUUGUUGUUCCGCGACCCAACAUCGUUCUUGUACGGUUCAAUGUCCGACGUGCUACAACGCUGUCCUCGGUCUGUCAUACACACCCACCGGCGGUGCAAGGAGGAACGUCACGUAUUCGCAGGAUUUCUCACAAAACCAGGGCGGCGCUGAAAGUUUCGCAAGCAGUAAUGCUGUGGGCACGUCUCAUAAAUGUUAUUACAACAAAAAGAACCUGAACGAGGUAACAUUGGACGUAACAUUCACACCCUGGAAAUGGGUGGUUUCGGCCAUUUUUGGAAUGGUUCCUCUAUUAGCAGUCAUCCUGUUCGCCAGUUUCAUCUAUUGCGGUCGGCCGAUAGUCAAUAAGGCCAGGGCUAUACUUGGGCAGCAUUACCAGUCGACAGGAAAGGCAAGGGCCGAGGAGUCGAUUGACUCGACUGAUGCGGAAAUUCGCAAAGUCGAUGACAACAUGAACGGGGUGGCAGGAAGGGGCGGUAAAGAGGAAAAUAUGUAAGUUCACCUCCGCGAUACGAGAGGUCCACUCCAUAGAUGCUGUAGCGAUAUCACAUAUACUACAGUUGCACGUCAAGUCCUCAGUCGGGCUGCGAUGGACUUUACUAUGUCAACCUUUUUUGAGAAUGGGC